AUGGAAGAACCAACCUACGACCCCAGCCGUCCGAUGCCUGCCAUCAAUAUCAUCUACCAAUACAAGCUCACCCACACCCCUGGCAAGAGCAUUGUCGGCCUUCGUGUUGAAUUCCCCCCAAACGCGUCCACACCCCCACAUCGGCACGGCGGUGCUGCCGUUGCGGCCUAUGUUGUUAGCGGAACACUCCUGAACAAGAUGAACGACGAUCCGAUGAAGGUGAUUGAGACGGGCGGAUCGUGGUAUGAGGCGCCGGGAUGCCAUCACCGGAUCAGCGAUAAUGCUAGCAAGACGGAGCCGGCGGUCUUGAUAGCGACGAUGGUAUUGGAUACGGAGGCUUUGGAGCGGGAUGGGAUGGACGCAUUGAUUCAGAUUGAUGAGGAAUAUAGGAAGUAAUUUGACUUAUG